UUUGGGAAUGGCUUCCAUGAAUGAGAACCAACGCGCCUUUGUCGAAGAAACCAUACGAAACGCCACAACUAUGGUUCAAAACGAUACGGAACAAAGAAAAAAGUUUAAAAAACAUUCCACGACGGAGAGAACGGAGGACAAGGGGCAAGAGUCAAAGCGUGUUAUAAACUUGACGCAAGCUAAAAAAGUUGAAAGAACGCUGGGCAACGAGUCACUACUGUUCCGUCAACUACUAGAGUUUGAAAAAAGGCUCAACUUGUCAUUCAAAAGAAGACAGGCUUCUAUUCAAGAAACAAUGACCAAGAUGGAAGAACCCAACUCUCUUGUGUCUAGAUAUUUUAGGGUGCACGUAUUUAAUUUGUCGUUUGAACAACAGACAAAAGAAGUAACAGCAGUUCCUUGUUGGUCUUUAAGAAUUCAAGGGUUUAUGACCCCAAGGAACGAGAGUGGUGAAGAAAAAGGAGAUAAGCAAAUAACCGCAGAAGCACAAAAGCCCGAACAACAGCAACAAGCACAGACCCAAUCGGAGGAAAAAUGGCGGUUCACCCAAGUGUUUGAGAAAAUAGCAGUAGAACUGGAUAAGGUAGUAUACCCAGAGAACUACCUUUUUGAGUGGUCUCCUGAAGAAGAUCCUAUUGCGGAUGGCAUAGAAAUUACGGUGCCUGGAAACAAAGAGUGUCUUGCGAAAAUUUGGCUAUACCCCAAAAAUCAUGGUGAUGUAUAUAAACUUUCCCCUUAUUUGGCCUCGUUAUUAGGAACUACCCACGCGAGCUUCUCAAAUGCAGCUUAUGGAGUAUGGAAUUAUAUAAAAGUACAUAAGCUUCAAUCUGCUGAAGACAAAUCAUGUAUCCAGCUGGAUGACGUAUUAUCUAACCUCUUUAAUCAAGUACGAGAUAUUGCACAAGUAGCAGUUAAUCCUGGGGAACAGAUCAAACUGUCGCAGUUGAUUGCCGUGGUUCGUCGUCAUUUUCAACCCAACGAGCCCAUUUUAGUGGAAUAUCCUGUCAAGUUGAAUGGAAACUGGUUGGAUAAUCAAGUGUGCUUUGACAUGAGAUGCGACUUCAACGACGCCAAAUUGAAUGAUUGGGUUUCUGAUGAUCUUCGAAAUGUCUUGAAAUGGAAACCUUGGGAAGAGAACAAAUUAUUUAAAGCAUACGAAGAACGAUACUAUGAUGCUCUAGAAAGAAUGUUGCAUCAUAAGAGAAGGCGUGACUUCUUCCAGGGUUUUGCAAAUAACCCAGUUCAAUUUGUGAAUCAUCUCAUUAUUAGUCAGUCGAGAGAUUUGAAAAUCAUAAGCGGAAUGACUGGGAGAAAUCCGGAUGAGGAAAAACUAUCCUCCUUUUACCAACAGCAAUGGGUUCGUGAGGCUGUUCCGCGAUAUCUAUUUCGAAAGGUUAUUCAAGAUGCUGCCAAUCGACAAAGAGAUCAUUCUUAUCAAGGAUAUGAGUCUUUGCAUCCCGAGCAGCGUCAAGACCACAACAACACUGUUUCUGAUUGGAAUGAUUCAAGGCAAAAUAGUAACUCUCUAGUGAAACCAAAGAUGGAAGGGGUUCAUGUUUCCGUAUCAGAAGGGCAGAGUUUCCAAACUGGGGCAAAGAAUGAUACUCCUAAUAUGUUGUUGUCAAAUACGCCAUCAGCUUCAUCUCGUACGGACUUAUUCUACAUACAAUAAGGCGAAAGCAAAUAUCUAAAGAGUGUAAAAAAAUAAAGCAUCGAUGGUCAUUUUACAUUCCUA